UCCUUCAAAGGGGAGUUUUAUUCAGACUACAAUGUAUUCAAAAUCACAAAUCCUGUUUUCUUGCCUGGCUAGAAAUGAAAUAUUUAUCAUCUCUUACUUUAUCUACAUUUGUUUCUUUUUCUCCAUUAGGUCUCAGAAGUUUUUGAAAGGCUUCCUGCAGUCUGAAACGACAGAGAGCCUCAUGUAAAGGACACCACUCUCUUUCACCUAGGGAAUAUUGCUUAAUAGGUUUUAAUCUGAAGAAAUAUAUUGUAUGGAAAAGCUUUUGACAGACUACCAACCUUCUGAACACCCACAGAGCAUUUAAUUUUUGUCUGAUCAGAAGCACCUAAUGUCACUGCACAUGCUACAAUGGAAACUCUAACACAAAUACAAAAUUUUGGUAUCUGUAUUACCUGUAUGUAUCCUAUAGCAUCUGGUAUGGUAUUUGCCACCCUUCUAGUCUCUUGCUGCUCAUCUCUGAACGUAAGAGCUCGUCCACUUCUUUCUAAUUCACCUUUCCUUUCCAUUUGGAAUGCUCCUACAGAACUUUGUACUGAAAGGACUGGAGUGCAGCUGGACAUGAAAAUUUUUUCUUUCAUUGGAAGCACACUGAAGACAUCCAUUGGGCAAAACAUCACUCUCUUCUAUCCAGACAGGCUUGGUUACUAUCCUUACAAAAAUGAAGUCACAGGAGAGGCAUUCAAUGGAGGGCUCCCACAACUCUCGCUGCUGGAGAUACAUUUAAAAAAAGCCAAAGAGGACAUCCAGUUCUAUAUUCCUUCAGAUGAACAGUUUGGAUUGGCUGUCAUUGACUGGGAAAACUGGCGACCCGUGUGGAUAAGAAACUGGGGAUCAAAAGACAUUUAUAGACAGGAAUCCAUUGAACUGGUUCAGCAGAGAGACCUCAGUCUAUCAGAAGCCGAAGCCAGGACUAUAGCUAAAAUGGAAUUUGAAGCUGCAGCAAAAUCAAUUAUGUUGGAAUCUUUAAAGCUGGGCAUAGAAAUGAAGCCAAAUCGUCUGUGGGGAUAUUACCUUUAUCCAGACUGUUAUAACUAUGAUUACAAACAAAACCCACAUAAUUAUACAGGAACCUGUUUAGAUAUUGAAAUAGAAAGAAAUAAUGAGCUUAACUGGUUGUGGGAGGAAAGCACAGCACUUUAUCCAUCUGUCUAUCUAGAGACAGCCUUAAGAUCCUCCAGAAAUGCCCAACUCUUUGUUCGCAACAGAGUUCAAGAAGCCAUUAGAAUUUCGUAUGUCUCUAAUUCUACUCAUCCCCUUCCAGUUUUUGUAUAUACACGUCCAGUAUUCACAGAUGUCUAUGAGGAAUAUCUCUCCCAGGAUGACUUGGUAAACACCAUUGGAGAAUCUGCUGCACUGGGUGUUUCUGGAAUUGUGAUCUGGGGUGAUAUGAAUUUAACACAAAAUAAGAACACCUGUAGGACUCUGGACAACUACCUUAGGAGGACUUUGACCCCAUACCUCAUCAAUGUCACGAUGGCAGCCAGAAUCUGUAGCCAAGUGUUAUGCCAAGACUCUGGUGCUUGUGCACGGAAAAAAUGGAAUUCCAAUGACUAUCUUCACUUGAACCCUGAGAAUAUUGUCAUUCAAAUGACAAAGGAUGGAAAAUACACUCUGCAAGGGCAACCAGCAUCUCAGGAUCUGCAAACAUUCAUAGAAAAAUUUGAUUGCCACUGUUAUGCAGGGCACAGUUGUGAACCUAGAGUCGAUAUAAAUGACAUCCAUUACCUCCAUGCUUGCAUUUCAGAAGAUAUUUGUAUUCACAUAUCCUCAAAUUCAUUUUCUAAUAUAGAAGCCUCUGAAGAAAAGGUCCUGUCUAACAGAACUCCAUUUUCAUUCACCUCUCAGAGUAACGUGACAUUAUCUACACAUCCUGAAAUAGAAGAUUUUCAAUCUACCUUUGGAAAUAAUAUACUCAGUAUAACAAUGGCAGAAUAUAGCACUGUCACAGCUGCCACUGGAUAUGAUUUAGAAGCAAAUGAGACUCGUAUUUUCAGCAGUUCUUCAUCCUAUAAGAUAAGGAUGUUUACUCUGUUUUGUUUAAUUCUAAUUUUGAGAACCUUAAUAUAAAUGACCCCAAAAGUGUGAAUAUUCUUUUCCCUGGUUGUGUUUGAAAUUCUAGGUUUUAUUUACACAAAGAAAUCAUUCCUGAAAGGCAUAAACCAGCUGCAACUCUGUGGUCUUAUCUGUAUGAGGAAACCUUUUCUAUUCCAUAUGUGACACUUCAGCUUGAAUGUAUUUCUUCAGUUUAGUUCUAUAAACUGUUUGUGCCAAAGGUAUACUGGUGUGUAUAUACUGAUUUUACCAUAUGAAAGGAUAAUCCAGAAUAAGGAACUUUUUUUAUAUACAGUUUACAUUUUAGAGAGUUAUAUUAAAAAAAAAAGUUGUUGGUAAUGCUGUUUUGAAUACUUCAAGUUAAGGCAGUUAAAUACAUCUCAACCUGUAUUUCAUUGAGUCUCGGUCAACAGGUUUGAUGCUCUAUGCAGUAAUUAAUUUAAUUCCAUGUGAAAAUUAUCUUUUAAAAAUAUUUGGCUUAACAUUAGAUCAGUGGAACUCUACAGCAUAAAAUUUAUCAGAUUAAUGUAAUGUUUCUCCACUUUUCACAAUAUCUACAGGGACGCUGUGGUUUUUAUUUUAAUUAUUCAUAACUCUUCAAAGGGUUCUAACUUUAAUGUAAAUGUUGACUUCAAAUAUUACAGCUUCAUUAUUUAAAAUUUGACCUGGAGUGCUUUAUCCUUCCUUCUUCUCCUCUUCUUCCCCCAAGCCUUUCCCCUUAUUUCAGAUGUCCCUUCCUUGGCUUUCAGUUGUUCUGUCUGGCCAACAACUCACAGAAUCACAGAAUCCCAGGUUGGAAGGGACCUCAGGGAUCAUCUAGUCCAACCUUUCUGGGAAGAGCACAGUAUAGACAAGAUGGCCCAACACCCUGUCCAGACAACUCUUGAAGGUGUCCAAUGUGGCCGAGUCAAUCACUUCCCUGGGGAGAUUAUUCCAAUGGUUGACUGUCCCCACAGUGAAAAAUUUCCCUCUGGUGUCCAAUUGGAAUCUCCCAAGACCAACUUGUGUCCAUUCCCCCUUGUCCUCUCCAUGUGACGCCUUGUAAAAAGGGAGUCUCCAUCUUUGUAACUGUCCCUGAAGUACUGGUACACGGUGAUGAGAUCCCCUCUAAGCCUCCUUUUCUCAAGGCUGAACAAACCCAGUUCUCUCAGCCUAUCCUCAUAUGGCAGGCUUCCCAGUCCUUUGAUCAUCCUGGUGGCCCUUCUCUGGACCCCUUCCAGCCUGUCCACAUCCUUUUUGUAUAGAGGGGACCAGAACUGUACACAGUACUCCAGGUGU